GCCGUCCAUGUCGACGCAAAGCCGCGUCAGGGUAAGGGCCGCCGCCCCAAAGGGGGGUGAAGCUGAGGAAAGGGUGGCGGGGGUGGUGGGGGUGGCGGAGGUGGCGGAGGUGGGGGCGGGGACGGUGGUGCAGACAAGGGGACCGGGGCUGAUGCCCCGGAGCAGCAGCAGCAGCAGCAGCAGCAGCCUCAGCAGCAACAGCAACAAUCCUUAGGUCUGCUAUGUAUGUAAUGUAUG